AUAUCCUACACUACUUCCCCACAACCCACCCAACCUCGCUGACUCCACAUAUUACAUCCGUCAAUCUCUGCGCACUGGCGACGCGAGGUUUCUUAAUAUAGUGUAUUUGAUCUUUCUUCACUCUUCAUCUCUUUGCUCAUUGCUUUGUAUUUCUCCUCAUGCCACAUUUUACAGUUCUCUACUUUGCUUCAGCAAAGGAUGCUUCCAAGACUGAUAGCGAUAAGUUUGAAUGGGUCGAAGGUAUUACUUCCCAAGAUCUGUCUCAAUUACUUCUAGACCGCCAUCCUGCUCUUGCAACUGUACUCAAAACAUCCAUGUUUGCUGUCAACAUGGAGUAUAUGGAUCAAGACCAGGCUUGGACUGUCCAACCUGGUGAUGAAAUUGCAAUCAUCCCACCCGUGAGCGGAGGAUAACCACAUUCAGGAUGACUCUUGGUGUGCUUUUUGCAAUGGCUUUUUUUUUAAUUCUCUUACACACAAUCCCUUCAAUUAACAGUUGCACCCAUAGAUAUAAGAUAAUUAAAAGAAAGGUU